AUGGAUCUCUUAGCUACGGUCCGAAAAGAAGGCUCGAGGGGUGGCCGUGCCGACUUCAAGUGGUCCGAUGUACAAGGCUCCUCUCACCGCGAGAACUACCUGGGUCAUUCUCUGAUGGCCCCCGUUGGCCGAUGGCAGAAGGGACGCGAUCUCAAUUGGUAUGCGAAAGCCGACCCUGGUGCACAUGACAAUUCCGCCGAGGAUCCUGCCACCACGGCUGCAAGAGAGCGGAAGGAGGAAAUACAAAGAAUCAAGCAGGCUGAGGAAGAUGCGCUUGCAAGAGCACUGGGCCUGCCCGUCGCCCCAAGAAACAAUCCCAAUAUGGACGAGUUAGGCGGCCAGCGCGAGGUUAGCGGGAUGCUGAAAAAUGCUGCAGAUGGCAAUGACGCUGCGGCUUCGAGAGGGAUUGGAUACGGGCGCCCUGCAGGACUGCCCAAUCCAGAAAUGGUCAGUCCACCCAGAGAACGAAUUGAAGGCUUCACGAACCCCGGCGAUGCCGAGCUGCAGUAUGCGCUGAAAGAGUACAAACGUAGACAUGAUGAACCGAAACGUGACGGACGGAGAAGACAUCGGAGCCGAAGCAAAAGUCGAGAUCGCGACAGGGAACGUAAAAGACGACGCGACGAUGGCGGCCGACAUAGAGAAUCACACCGAGGAAAAUACAAAGAUCAGCGAUCACGAGGACAUUCGUCUUCCCUCGAGAGGCCCGCUCGUCGGCGCUCAUACUCUCCUUCAGAUACCAGGAACGAGGCUGCUCAUCACCGGGAGAGAGGCACACACAGAUCAUCCGAUCGUAAAGACCGGGAGCGCCGUGGACACCACGAUGACAGAAGACGCUAUGACAAGCCGUGA